AAAUUAAUUUGCUAAUAUUUUAGUCCAACCUUUUGAAAUUGGAUGUCAUAAUUCGGCAAUUUUCUAUGAGUACUGCUAUAAUUGUAUGAUUAUGUAAUUACUAUAGAUUAUUCGUAUUAAUAAGUUGUUAAGAUUCUAACUGGAGAAAUUAAGAACAAAGGGAUUUUUAUUGAUUUCUGAAAGCAAUUACAGGAAAGUGUAAAGUAAAACAGAUUAGUACUCUCUUCUGCUGCUCAACUCUUGCCUACUACCGCUACGUUUUGCCUCUCUAUUUAUAGAUCCUUUCUAACUGCUUGUCCCACUUCCCAGCCUGCAUUAAUAACAGAAUUCUUUUGCUACACGUUCUUCUCAAUUCUUCCGGGCUCUUCUAGAAUUGGAGGCCUAUCAUAAUUGUCCUUAGCUUAAGACAUACUCUCUGUAGUUUUUAGAUAAAAAAAGGUAACAAAUUUUUUUCUUUCAAUGUUUCUGCCUGCUUCAUCUGUAGUUUUAUAGUUUUAACAUCGUGUCAAAUCAAGUUUGGUUCGACUUUGAGUUGAAAUCGCCAUUGCUUUCAUGCUUGGGUACUCAUCCGGUCAAAUUUUGGUUAAUGGACCAUCACACUCAUCACUUAUUCAGUUAAGCUACUACAAAGCCUAUAAUAAAAUGGGCAACAUUGUAGUUGGCACAGAAAUUUGGUGAGGAAUUAUGUUGAGGGAGAUAUGUAUACUGUUUUUCUCCGCAUUAAACACUUUGGGUUGAGAGCUUAGAGUUUUAAUGAAGCAGUAGUUGCCUUGGAUAUGCAAUACUCCCAUUGAAAAGCAACUCCAAUUCCUCCAACAUCUUGUCCGAGAUAGCACCAGUUCGGACUGAUGGUUCGUGUACUAUACCAAUUCUUGCCCUUGAUUGACAGUCCCCAUGUUUCGCUUUUGUCAAUUGAUUGAUGUUUCCCUUUUGCAAUUGGUAGAAGUACUUGGCGACCAAUUCUUAACCUUGUUUGAUCCAUUCCCAAUAUUAUUUUCUACACGUGUUCUUUUCAUUUUUGGGGUUAUUAUCCUUUUCUAAUUUACCAAUUCUACCUCUAAUACUAUCAUUCCUCUCACAGGCUAGAACUAGCUCAAGUGGUAAGAGAUCCCCUAAAAAAACUCUUAUCUUGUGUUAUGACUACUAAAUGACGCGAUAGAUGGCAUAACAAAUACUAAUAUUUAGAUAGAUAGCAGUUUUGAGACAUUAAAUUGUAAACAAAAAUUACUUUUCUAAAAGAGAGCCAAUAUGAUGUACUAUAAUAUUAUCCCUUGUAUCAUCUAUGCAAUUUUGUCUUAGUAGUUCCAGUCCUCGUAAAUUUUAAACCACCUUGUCACUUUGGGGAAGGUCUUCAAAUGAGUGUUUAGAACUUUGGAGUGAUGCUGCUUCCCAUGAGCAAAUUGUGCGAUGCUGCCAUGAAUUCAGAGACACGCGAGGAAGUCGCCAUAAAGAAGAUUGGCAAUGCUUUUGACAACAGAAUAGAUGCCAAGAGGACUCUACGGGAAAUUAAACUUCUUCGUCAUAUGAAUCAUGAUAAUGUAGUUGCAAUUAAAGACAUCAUACGGCCUCCACUAAAGGAGAACUUCAAUGAUGUCUACAUUGUUUAUGAAUUGAUGGACACCGAUCUUCAUAAUAUCAUCCGAUCCAACCAGCCAUUGGCAGAUGAUCAUUGUCGGUACUUCCUAUACCAAAUUCUACGAGGACUUAAAUAUGUGCAUUCUGCAAAUGUCUUGCAUCGUGAUCUAAAACCAAGCAAUUUGCUCCUCAAUGCGAAUUAUGAUUUAAAAAUCGGAGAUUUUGGACUUGCAAGGACUACAUCUGAGAAUGAUUUCUCAACUGAGUACGUUGUUACUCGCUGGUACAGGGCGCCCGAACUGCUUCUAAAUUGUUCAGAAUAUACUGCCGCGAUCGAUAUCUGGUCAGUUGGUUGCAUACUUGGUGAAAUCAUGACAAGACAACCUCUAUUUCCUGGAAAAGAUUAUGUCCAUCAGUUGAGACUUGUCACAGAGCUCAUAGGCUCACCAGAUGAUGCAAGUCUCGGGUUUCUUAGGAGUGACAACGCCCGAAGAUAUGUCAGGCAACUUCCUCAGUUUCCAAGGCAACAAUUUUCUGCGAGAUUUCAGAACACUUCUGCUGGAGCUCUGGAUUUGCUAGAGAAGAUGCUCGUCUUUGACCCGAGCAAACGUAUCACAGCCGACGAGGCUCUUUGCCACCCGUAUUUGGCGCCACUUCAUGAUAUUAAUGAGGAGCCAGUAUGUCAUAGGCCUUUCGUUUUUGAUUUUGAGCAGCCGUCAUUAACCGAAGAGAAUAUCAAGGAACUCAUCUGGAAGGAAUCGGUAAAAUUUAACCCCGACCCAACUCGUUAAGGAACGUGAUUAUAUGAUGUUGACCACAAGAUAUUCGAGUUCAAUAAAUAAUGGUCUCAGGUUCUUGUUAGAAUCUUAUUCAGGCAUUGUAUCCGUAGUGAAUCCUGUUGUACAAAAGAGCAGCAAUAACAUGCCCUUAAAUGGCUUCUCCUUGUUAAAGAUUCUGUGAUCUGUGUGUUUUUUCCGAUGUUUUUCAGAUCUCUUUUGAUUAUUUUCCUAAUCGUUUGAUUGCAUUGGU